GGGCGGGCAGGUAGAGCCACAUCCCAAAACAGAAAAGCUUUCAGCCAUUGCGCGCGCCUCCCGGGGGUGCAGCCGUACUCCUGGCUCCUCCGUGGACGCCCGGGUGAUUGAAUAGGAAAGAGGGCCGGCCUCGUCUCCUUCUCCUCCUCUCUUUCGCCUAUCCUGUCCUCUUCUCCUGCCCUGGGCGCGGAGCCCCGGCCGGCCAGGAGAGGGUCUCAGCGCACGUUUCCUCGUUCUCUUCCCCACCCCACUCCCCCUACCCACCUCUUCGCCUCCCGACCCCGGUCCUCCUCCCCCUCCCCACCUACCGUCAUGACGGCGUCUCCGGAUUACUUGGUGGUGCUUUUUGGGAUCACCGCUGGGGCCACCGGAGCCAAGCUGGGCUCAGAUGAGAAGGAGCUGAUCUUGCUGUUGUGGAAAGUCGUGGAUCUGGCCAACAAGAAGGUGGGACAGUUGCACGAAGUUCUCGUUAGACCGGAUCAGUUGGAACUGACGGAGGAUUGCAAAGAAGAAACGAAAAUAGACGCCGAAAGCCUGACUUCCGCGCCGCAGCUGGACCAAGCCCUCCGACAGUUUAACCAGUCAGUGAGCAAUGAACUGAAUAUUGGGGUAGGGACUUCCUUCUGUCUCUGUACUGACGGGCAGCAUCAUGUUAGGCAAAUCUUGCAUCCCGAGGCUUCCAAGAAGAAUGUAUUACUACCUGAAUGCUUCUAUUCCUUUUUUGAUCUUCGAAAAGAAUUCAAGAAAUGUUGCCCUGGCUCACCUGAUAUUGACAAACUGGAUGUUGCAGCAAUGGCCGAGUUUCUCAACUUUGAGAAGAGCAGUUCAGUCUCCCGAUACGGAGCCUGUCAAGUUGAAGACAUGGGUGACAUAAUUUUAGCAAUGAUUUCAGAGCCUUACAAUCACAGGUUUUCAGAUCCAGAGAGAGUAAACUACAAAUUUGAAAGUGGCACUUGCAGCAAGAUGGAACUUAUUGACGACAACACCGUGGUCCGGGCACGAGGUUUACCGUGGCAGUCCUCAGAUCAAGACAUUGCAAGGUUCUUCAAAGGACUCAAUAUUGCCAAGGGAGGUGCAGCACUUUGUCUGAAUGCUCAGGGUCGGAGGAAUGGAGAAGCACUAGUUAGGUUUGUAAGUGAGGAGCACAGAGACCUAGCACUCCAGAGGCACAAACAUCACAUGGGGACCCGGUACAUUGAGGUUUACAAAGCAACAGGUGAAGAUUUUCUUAAAAUUGCUGGUGGGACUUCCAAUGAGGUAGCUCAGUUUCUCUCCAAGGAAAAUCAAGUCAUUGUCCGCAUGCGGGGGCUGCCUUUCACAGCCACAGCUGAAGAAGUGGUGGCCUUCUUUGGACAACAUUGCCCUAUCACAGGGGGGAAGGACGGCAUCCUCUUUGUCACCUACCCAGAUGGCAGGCCAACAGGGGAUGCUUUUGUACUCUUCGCUUGUGAGGAGUAUGCGCAGAAUGCUUUGAGGAAGCAUAAGGACUUGUUGGGUAAAAGAUACAUCGAGCUCUUCAGGAGUACAGCAGCUGAAGUUCAACAGGUGCUGAACCGGUUCUCCUCGGCCCCUCUUAUUCCACUUCCAACCCCUCCCAUUAUUCCAGUACUACCUCAGCAAUUUGUGCCCCCUACAAAUGUCAGAGACUGUAUACGUCUUCGAGGUCUUCCCUAUGCUGCCACAAUAGAGGACAUCCUGGACUUCCUGGGGGAGUUUUCAACAGAUAUUCGUACACAUGGGGUUCACAUGGUAUUGAAUCACCAGGGACGCCCAUCAGGAGAUGCCUUUAUCCAGAUGAAGUCUGCAGACAGAGCAUUUUUGGCUGCGCAGAAGUAUCAUAAAAAAACCAUGAAGGACAGAUAUGUUGAAGUCUUUCAGUGUUCAGCUGAGGAGAUGAACUUUGUGUUAAUGGGGGGAACUUUAAAUCGAAAUGGCUUAUCCCCACCGCCAUGUAAGUUACCAUGCCUGUCUCCUCCCUCCUACACAUUCCCAGCCCCUACAGCAGUGAUUCCUACUGAAGCUGCCAUUUAUCAGCCCUCUGUUCUCCUUAAUCCACGGGCACUACAGCCCUCCACCGCGUACUAUCCUGCAGGCACUCAGCUCUUCAUGAACUACACAGCGUACUAUCCCAGCCCCCCAGGUUCGCCCAAUAGUCUUGGCUACUUCCCUACAGCUGCUAAUCUUAGCGGUGUCCCACCACAGCCUGGCACGGUGGUCAGAAUGCAGGGCUUGGCCUACAAUACUGGAGUUAAGGAAAUUCUUAACUUCUUCCAAGGUUACCAGUAUGCAGCCGAGGAUGGACUUGCACACACAAAUGACCAGGCCAGGACUCUACCCAAAGAAUGGGUUUGUAUUUAAGGGCCCCAGCAGUUAGACCAUCCUCAUAAAAAGAAGUGUUUGAAAGACGUAUGGUGAUCCUGAAGCUCUCAGACACAGGAGACUUCAAGCAAUUCAGGGGACAUGUGUCUACACUCAGGCUGCAGUAUUUUCAGCCAGCACGAUUGGGCAGUGAGCCUGUGCUGUAUCUUUUGGUGGAAUGAAAAAAUUGAGCCAGUGAAGCCAAAUCAUAAUAGCAAGCAGCAUGCACAUGCCUGGCUCCCUGCUGAUUGCAAAUAGACAUUUAAAAUGUGAAUUUGGAAUCAAAUGUCAUACUUCUAGCCAAAGUGGCACCAUAGGUGUUCCCUACAUGUAAGUUUUAGUUUGAAAAAUACUCCACUUGUGUCUACCAUCUCCACCAUAGAAGUUUAAUUUCUGGAUUUUCCUACUCUUUUCUUUCCAUUUCCCUGUCUUUGUCUAAUCAAUCCUUACUAGACAAUUUAAACGUUAGUCAUGAGAUCCUUAAAUCUCAAACUUAAGGAAUAAAAUAAAACAAUAUUUUCCAAACAUGAUAUUUUUCCAGUAAGCCAUAAAUGAUGCUUUACAGCUAAAAACAAUUAAAAAAAAAAAAAAAAAAACACCCAAGACAGGUUGGUCUGUGAGAGCUUGCGUAGGAUGCUAGAAGCCCAGGGUUAGUUCCCAGCACCUCCCCUUACCCCACACACAUGCCUGGGGGUAAUUUAGAAGAAAAGCAAACCCUCCUUAACACAUACCUUGGUCACAUCUUUUUCCCCAGCAGGCACCAUUUGUAAAUAAGAAUGAAGUAGGGGCCAAAAUGCAAAACCAAAAAAUGAAGCAGCUACAUGUAGAAAUUCUAACUUGAUCUAGAACUGAAUAUUGUGGCUUCGUAUGUAUUGUUUUAUAUUGUACUUUUUUCAUUGUUGAUGGUUCAGACUUUAAUAGACAUUCCAUAGGUUUUAAUACCACAAAAACAAGACUAUUGGAAAAGUGUAUUCUAGAAAGCAAUAUAUUAACUGAAGUGAAUGCCUGUAUAUACUAAGAUAGCCUUAACCCUUUUUCUCUAAUGCCUUAACUAUCAAAUCAAUAAACCUUUUAAAAGCUUAGGACAGUAGUCAGCAUCCUAGACUGGGAGGUAAACACUGAUGCAGUUAGAACAGUACUGACGCUGUGGUUAGCACUGUGAGUUUAGCCGUGUUUCUGCUACGAACGUGCAAUAUUAGACAGUAGCUAGCUAGUAGUGCUGCCUCCUAGAACCCUAAAGGGAAACGUGAUCAGAUUAAGUAAAUGCACAUAUUUCUUUGUUACUCGUGUCCUUUGCUUGGAUGCAAUGCCAUGCAGAUUUUUGUGGCUGCUAUUUUCAUUUAUUUUACAUUAUUUUAACACCUUGAAUGGAGAGUCAAACAUUGCCCUCCUUACCUAACCAUCAAUGGCCCUUUAACUGCAGUAGAAAGAAAAGGAAAACAAAAAAACAGCAUUUUGUCUGAAAAUUGGUAAGAACUAGCACUCAAGAUCAGAAAACAACAAUGUUCACUGUACUUGAUGCCUUAACUCUACCCAAAGCUCUGAAAGACUAAGAUAGGCGGUAAUACUUAUUGCAAUACUACUGAGUUUUUGUAGACUUGUUACAUUUGAUAAUAAAACUUGCCUGCUUAAUCUCAA